UCGGUUUCGGAACUCGGCAGUACCAGGUCUGAUUAUUCCAGUCGAAGUACCACAAAGAACAUUACCAUGAACGCUCUCCUUUCCGUCACUCUGUUGGCACUUUUGUGCUGUUCCGCCCUCGCCAGCUACCCAUACUAUUAUGGAGGAAAUGGCUUCCACGGGGGUGCAGGCUUCGGAGGUGCUGGUUUCCGUGGCAAUGGCCACCACGGAGGUGCUGGAUUCCCAGGAGGUGCUGGUUUCCAUGGCAAUGGCCUCCACGGAGGUGCUGGAUUCCUAGCAGGUGCCGGAUUCCAUGGCAAUGGCCUCCACAGAGGUGCUGGAUUCCACGGAGGUGUUGGAUUCCACGGAGGCCCUGGAUUCCACGGAGGUGCUGGUUUCCAUGGUAAUAAUGGAUACUACGGAUACCCAGGAUACGGAAACGUCUACGGACACGGAGCUGGAUUUGGCGCUCACGGAGCUGGAUUUGGAGCUGGAUUUGGCGCUCACGGAGCUGGAUUUGGAGCUGGAUUUGCUGGAUUCGGCGCUCGCGGAGCUGGAUUUGGCGCUCACGGAGCUGGAUUUGGAGCUGGACUCGGACAUGGACACGGCCAUGGAUUCGGAAAUAGAUUGGCCGGACGUGGAAUUGAAUCCGACGGACUUCUUCACUAAAUCUUCGGCACUGGGUUUCGUUCAGAUGAAAUUAAUAAAUUAACUGGUCGAGUGUAAA